GGUUUCUGAGCUGCCGUCUACGCUAUUGCUGCUUCUUCUUUUUUGUCACAGCCGCCACCAUGGUCGCCACCAAGAAAACUAAGAAGACUCAUGAGAGCAUUAAUAACAGACUGGCUCUGGUUAUGAAGAGCGGAAAGUACACUUUGGGUUACAAGACCGUUCUCAAGUCUCUCAGGAGUUCCAAAGGAAAGCUGGUUAUCAUUGCCAACAACUGCCCUCCUCUUAGGAAGUCUGAGAUCGAGUACUAUGCUAUGUUGGCAAAAAUUGGAGUUCACCACUACAAUGGGAACAAUGUAGACCUGGGGACUGCUUGUGGCAAAUAUUACAGGGUAUGCUGCCUCAGCAUCACCGACCCAGGUGAUUCUGAUAUUAUUAAGAGCAUGGCUGGUGAACAUUGAGAUCAUAAUGGAUGGUAGAGAAUUCUGCUGAGGGAUAUUUGCCUGAUUAUCAUGAGAAAUUAGCCCAUUGUUUUGUUUAAGAGAAGUCCUCCAAGAAUAGAUUGAGAUUUUGUUUUUCUUCCUUUAUGAAAAAUUGAGUUAAUUUUUCAGUGAAUCUUGCAAUGCAAGUUUUGAUGGUGUUGUGACAGACCAUUUUGACUCGAUACUUAUAUCUCCAAUGAACUGUUUUUUGGGUUUAUAUGCCCUGGUGUCCUUUGCUAUGGUUGAGCCAAUGUUACUUAAUGAAAGACUCCCC